AUGCCUGUGGAGGGAGUAACGUUUGCCUGUGGCCUGCUCGGCGAGAAUUUUCGGCCAACCAACUUCUCCCGUCUACGACAGCACGCACAACUUCGGCUUUACUUUUGCUUUGCGCUGGCGAGGGGACUGGGCUCCAACCAGACACAUUCAGAGUCGGAACCUUUUGGCCAUUUCUUCCUUCCAACACGUGGGUCCGUUGAUCCAUACUUGACGCUCGACUUGGCUGUCAUUGUCAUCUUGUUCAUCAACGGCACUCGGGAUAUUUUGUGGGGCUUGCCCCCGCUCCUCCAAGAAGGUUGA